GGAGACGCAUAUUUUUGUGUGAUAAAUAAAGGACGAUGCUGAUUUAUGUCAGAUUACGAAGCAUAAAUGAAGAUCUUUUAUCUAUGUUAACGGCUCAUCAUUAAUGACAAAUAGACUCCUUAAAAUUGUUUACUGGUCUGUGUGUCAACUUGUCGGAAAAUCAUAAAAAUGGAGAACUUGAGCCGCUUAAGCUCGCGGACGGGCGAUAUUUUAAACGACGCAGUCGAUCAGUUGCAAAUAUACGGCUGGUACUUGUUUUUCGGAUGCACUCUGUUGUAUUUCAUAUAUUCUAGAUUCUUGAAACAUCGUCUGAAGGCGGUUUUGGAAGCUUACGACGGCCACAAGAAAAGUCGUGAGGAUAGGGAGUACAGCGCCAAAUAUCACAAAAACUCGGAUUUGUAUGCUGCCCGAAUCUCUGCGCAACAAAAGCACGCUCAAAAACUGCAAGAACAAUACGACCAGCAAGCCAAGGAGUACCAGGAGAAGAUGCAAAUUAGAGAAGAUAAAAAACGCCAAGAGGCAUUGGAUAAAUUGGAAGGGGGAAGUAGUGGGCGGAGACUGGGCGGCAAACAGGAAGCCAGGCCCAGAACUUUGAGACCAGAUUACAACCCGUUAAUGGGACCCGGCGGCUCAAACUACAGACCGCCCAAACGCGGUAAAUGCGGCGGGGGAGGGUGCGGAAAAUAGAACCAGUGGCGUGUAUUCGUAUUUAAUAAAAAGAAAUAUAUCAAUUAAAAAAA